AUGGAUCGUCAGCUUGAUCUGCAGCGCAGACAACAGAAUGGAAACGCUUCAGUUUCAGCUUCCCCUUCAGCAUCAAUCUCUGGCUCGGCAUCCCUCGUAAAUGGGAGUACCCCAUUGCCAACAGUCCCGACAGGAGCUCAAGCUGGAUCAAUCACUAUAACGAUGCCUCCCAUUCAAUCUAACUCCUACUACAAAAUUGCCCCCAGUGAAUAUGUUACGUUUGGGUGGAACUUUUCGAGCAUCAUUGUGACACCCACCGCCCUCACUGUUGCAGCAGUUGCAAACGGGAACACAUACCCUAUAGGCCCCACCGAUGGUGUCAUUUCUGGGACCGCUCAGAGCGUGGUCUGGUAUCCAUAUGGCUAUCAGACCGCAAACCCUAGCCUUCCACUGGUUCAGGCAAGCUACACACUUCAUAUUUGGGCUCAGGGUGGCCCUAGCGCAUUCCCCACGCCUGGUUAUCUGGAGCCAAACAGCGAGCUUGUGUUCGCUAUGUAUACGCCACAGGGAUACACACCUUUAUCUAGUGGGUGGCAAUGUGCCGGAUGCUCAGGAGCGUUACCCCAGCUUAAAAUAAACUCGGCUCUUCCCGGUGUUGUCGCAAUGAUUAUUAUAAUGCUGCUCUCUGGGUUCACUACCCUUCGCCGCGUUUGGGAUUGA